AGUGUGCUUCAAAACUUGAAGAAGAACCUACAUUUGAGUAAAGACACUGAAGAUGAUGAAGGUAUCCUCCAUAACACGUAUGAUCCAGCUCAGGGCAGUCCUAGAUACACCAAAAACCGGCGCAGAGAGAGAGAAGCAUCUGAAAAGACUAACAUAAACAAUGCUGUAAGUGAGGAGGAGCCCACGCUGACCAGUGGGGAAAAGAAAAGCAAAAGGAAGCUCCCACGACCACCACCUCCUGUUCAAAAUGAAGAAGCCAACGAUAGGAGGACUGAUACAGAGAUUGAUGGAAAACAUACUAGGAAGACUAGGAAAGCAAAGAGUAAAAGUGGAAGUGAUGUCAGUAGACAGAAAGAAGACACAGAGACAGAAGAUGAUUAUCUGCAGGCGUACCAACAUCAGAUCUCACAGGAGGAAGAGACGGCUGGAAAGAAGACGACACGGAAGAAAGCCACGGAGAAGCUUGCAGAGAGCCAGCCGCUAAACAAUGAGCUGGAGAAGAAAAAGAAGAAGGGGAAAUCAAACAAACAUGAUGGUGAUCGAAGUCAAACUGAAGUGUCAGUGGAUAACCAGACAGAAAAUGUCCAGGAUGAUGUUGUGGAGGAGUUCAAGGAGGACACAGUCAAACCCAAAGAGAAGAAGAAAAAGAAACGAAAAGAAGUCAUUGUUGAGGUGGAACGGGCAGAAGAGAAACGAUCCUUUGACGACAGUCUGGUGCUGGGAGUUUAUAUCCACAGGACAGACAAGCUGAAGACAGACCUGAUGGUGUCUCACCCCAUGGUCAAAGUUCACGUGGUUGAUGAGGUCACUGGACAGUAUGUCAAGAAGGAGGACAGCCAUCGUCAUGUUUCUUCCUUCUAUGAGCAAGAAAACAUCGAGCACAUCCUGCCCAUCAUAACUCAACCCUUUGACUUCAAGAAACACAAAAAUACAGUUCCAGAAUGGGAGGAACAGAUCAUCUUCAAUGAGCGCUUUGGAUAUUUCCUUCAAGACGAUGAUGAGAGUCCACGUGUGAUACUGUUUUUUGAGAUUCUGGAUUUCAUUAGUAUGGAGGAAGCACGAACAAACGUCUCUGUUGACCGACAUGAGAGGGGUUUCCGGAAGAUUGCUUGGGCUUUUUUGAAGCUUGUAGGAACCAAUGGUGUCUUGAACGUUGACACCAAACUGCGUCUACAGCUUUUCUGCCCUCCUCCACGGGCAAAGAAACUGCCACAAACAGUUGAAGUGUUCCAGUGGUGGUCAAAGUUCCCAAGAAACAAAUACGCAUCAACCCUCUACGUCACAGUGAAAGGCCUCAAACCACCAGAACAUGUGGACCCCAGUAUCCGCUCCAUGAUGGCUCUCCAGCAGGAGCGCGGCAGCACCUCCUACAGUGAGCUCAAUACUGAGAUGACCAAUAAAACCAGCACGCAGAUACUGGAGAGCAAAUCAGAAAUCAUCAAGUGGAGCCGCAUACCCGGACAGGUGUGCCGCAUUCCGAAUAAGCCAAUGCACUCCUUCCGUGGAGGUCAGAUGGGCUGUUUUACUCUAGGUUUUUCUCAUGAUGGACGUGCACUAGCAGCUGCAUGUGCAGAUAGAGAUGCGUUUCCAAUCAUUAUAUAUGAUAUUCCAUCUGGGAAAGUUCUGGCAUCCUUUAAUGGCCAUCUGAGUGUGGUAUAUGAUCUCUGCUGGUCCAGAGAUGAUAACGGACUAUUAACUGCAUCCUCUGAUGGAACAGUAAGAGUGUGGAACGUUGAACGACUGCAGAGUUUUGCUCAUAAAACUCUUCCUCACCCUUCAUUCGUGUACUGCGCCCAGUUCCACCCGCAAGCCCAGAGUCUGGUGGUGACGGGGGGUUACGACGGGGUGCUGCGUGUCUGGAAUGUACAUGUACAAGACGUGAACGGGCAACUUCUGCAAGAGUUUGAUGGACACAAGACUUUCAUCAACACAUUGUGUUUUGAUCCAGAAGGAAGCAAAAUGUUUUCUGCGGACAAUUCUGGCCUCAUUAUUGUGUGGGGAACCAAGGUGAUGCCUGGGUCUCGCCGUGGACUGACCAGUCAAUGGAGCAUUGAGAGGGAAAUUAAAGAGGCAGAUCUGAACGGAAUAUCCAUCAACUCAUUAGAGGUGCAUCCAAACGGAAGACGACUUUUAAUUCAUGCCAAAGACAGUGUUUUAAGGGUCAUGGAUUUGAGAAUUCUUGCAGUGAAGAAAUACAUAGGUGCCACAAACUACAGGGAGCGAAUCAACAGCACAUUCACUCCCUGCGGAAGCUUCAUCUUUUCAGGCAGUGAAGAUGGACUGGCGUAUGUGUGGAACUCUGAGACAGGUGACCAGGUCGCCGUGUACUCUGAGCUGUGCUAUACAUCUGCGCUUCGAGCUGUAGCUUUCCACCCUCAUGAGAACAUGGUGGCCUUCUGUUCCUUCGGCCAAAACCAGCCCAUCCAUCUCUAUCUGUAUGACCGGAAGUUGGCUCAGAUGGAGGUGGAGAGUUUGAGAGGCUUGAGCCGGUCAGAGAAUCUGGACAGUAAGACGGGCAGGAAUUCAUCAGAGGUCAUGACCUUCCAGAACACUUCAGCCACCGGCAUUGACCGAUUCGCCAGCACAGCUCGUGUGUCUCUAAAGAUGCAGAGGGUCAAACAGAAACUAGACUCUGUACUGGAGCCCCAUCGCAGUUCCCCUGGUGUGGAUAUGUAUGAACAAGGCGGCAUGUCUUAUCUGGGAAGGAGCCAAGAGGGCCUGGCCUCGUAUCUUCCUCCUCCAUCUCUGCUGUCUCCUCACUCCAAACUACAGAUGUCCUCAUCACUCAGCGCUCAACUCAUUCCACAGGCCACGCUCACCUCACACAGUAGUGGUUACAGUCCUGCUGGGCAGCCCAUUAGAAGAGCUCCAUCCCUCAAACACCAGAAAGUAAGACAAUGUGAUCUGUUUUUAGUAUUAUACUACCAUUCUAAAAUCGUGAGAUGUCUUCAGCAUCUUCCAGAAGAAGGAGGCCCCUCCCCAGACUAG